AGGCAAGGCAAGGGCUUAUACGACCACCUUCGCAACGCUAAUGACUGAAUGAAUAACACGACCUGCUUUCCACUUCUACUUUGCACUCCAUCCUAGAGUGUUCUUCAGUCUUUCAUUCCGCUCACGCCUCUAUUCAUAUGGAUUCGUUUCAUCACCUGUCUCUUUACUUACUCCUUGGGUGGCCACAUCGUUCGGUCAUCAUCCUGCUACUACUGCUAUACUCCACUAGUUCGGUUGCUUUUAUCCUGGGGUGCGCGGGCCUGCGGAAAUUCUCUCACCUGGUAUCUGGGAAUCAAAUGGGUUCAAGGGGCAUCUGGUUGCAUUCGCUUUGGGUUGACUAUUUCUGCUUGCUUUUUUUCAUUUCAUUUCACUUCAUUUCAUACCAUACCAUACCAUGCUUUGCUGUAUAGAACAUUCCUGUACCAUGUCUUAAUCAUAAGGGCUGUACUGUACGGAUAUGACUUGGUCAUGACGGGACGGGUCACUUG